AUGACUAAGAAAGUUAUAGCAGUCAUGUCUCCGCAAAAUCGAGUUGUUUUCCUUCGCCUGACGUUGUCUGUUGUCGACGGCACUGGAAAUGCAUGUGAGGAUAUAGACCACCAGGCUUGUGUUGCUAUGGCAAUGCAGAACGCAAAACUUUGUGAUGAACCAAUGUUUGCGCAAACUGCCUGUCCAAAAUACUGUAACAACUGUCCCACAUCUUGCUACAGCUGCAAUAUAUCUAGUCACGAUGUCAGUUCCUGUAAUACCGUCACUUGUGGUAGAGAUCAGGUUUGUAUGGACGAGACUAUCCCGACAAGAAAUGGACAUAGACAUAUUCUUGGAUGUGAAUCUCGAGCGAUGUGUACCCAAAAUCAGCCCGGAACAUUGAGGUGCUGUACUGACGAUCUCUGCAACAUGCCGGUAACGCCGUCAACAGUUAAACCAGCUACCACAUUACCCACAACUACAGUACGUCCGACAACUACACUACCCACAAUCACAGUACGUCCGACAACAGCCUACACACCUCGACUUACAACUCCAUUUCUUCCGGGUAAAUAAGAACCAAAAAAAAAAAAAAAAAAAAAAAAAAAAAUUAUAUAUAUUUUUUGGCAGUAGUUUCUGUUACCAAGAACAGGGUUGGUUUUCAGGAAAGUUUAAAUAUUAACAUGUUUAAGUAUGUGAAAGUUGUACAGUCUUCGAGUUGUAAAUGUUUCUCUGCAAAUUAGAGUAAUACAGAAAAAGACUGUAUCACCCAGCCAUAGAUCGCUGUAUUAAUGUUAGCUGCCUCUUUGUUAAAUUCCUCCCUGGCAAUUAACUAUCUACACAAACGGGUUUUCUUGCAAUUAUUUACAUGUAAAAUAAUUGUGUUUUAUUACAAAUUUUACAGUUUGUC